CAGGAACAUGUUUCCUCCGAACCUGGUGCAGGCUGCCGGAUUCCACUACCGCACCGUCCUGAUCACGCCCACUGCAGAGCAGGAGGAGGCCUAUCGUCAGAAAAUUGGCAACGACUCGGCUAAAAUUCCAGUUCACAUGUUUGAAAUAAGUGGCCAGUACAAGGAGAACUCAAACAUCACGGGGCUUGUCGUCUUUUCAAUUGUCUUCGGCAUCGUGAUUGGAAUGAUGAAGGACCAAGGCAAGAUUCUCCUGCAGUUCUUCACAGCCAUGUCCGAAGCCGUUAUGCACCUCACGCGGAUCGUCAUAUGGCUGUCACCUGUCGGCGUCUGCUUCCUGAUCGCGGCCAAAAUCCUGGAACUGAAGUCGUUCUCGGUGCUGUUGGGUCAGCUGGGCAUGUACUUCGUCACCGUUAUGCUGGGCAUCAUGCUGCACGGUUUCGUCGUGCUGGUGCUCAUCUACAUGGUGAUCGUGAGGGAGUUGCCGUUCCGCUACAUCGCCAACAUCAGCCAGCCGUUGGCUACCGCCUUCGGCACGUCUUCCAGCUCGGCCGCCCUGCCACUGACGAUCGCUGCCUUGGAGGAGAAGAACGGCGUCGACCCGCGCGUCGCCCGCUUCGUCCUGCCGAUCGGCGCCACCAUCAACAUGGACGGCACGGCACUGUAUGAGGCCGUGGCGGCCAUCUUCAUCGCCCAGGUCCGCGGCGUCUCGUUGGGCAUCGGCAGCAUUAUCGCCAUCAGCAUCACGGCGACGGCGGCCAGCAUCGGCGCCGCCGGCAUCCCGCAGGCGGGCCUGGUUACCAUGGUGAUGGUGCUGGACACGGUCGGCCUGCCAGCUGAGGACGUCUCGCUCAUCAUCGCCAUCGACUGGCUGCUGGACCGGUUCCGUACGACCAUCAACGUGCUGGGCGACUCUCUGGGCGCCGGUAUCGUCAACCACCUGAGCAAGCACGAGCUGGCCAAGAUCCCGCCCGCCACCGACAUGAUGCCCGCUAAGGCCGACAUGGGCGAGAACGGCAUCGAGGCCACGGCCAUGUGAGGUGUGCGUCCUCGCGCGCGAGCCGGCCUGCGCCACCUCUGCCGCGGCGGUGUACAAAUGUGACGCGGCGCGGCUUCUGUCGGCCGACGCGGCGCUCGGUAGUGCUCGGUGGGCACGCAGAGAAAGCCCAUCAGCUGCGUGUACUGUUUCGACAUCCCACCGACUGGGAGCCGCUCUUCAGCUGUAGCGGCGCUCGGCCCUCGCCCCGCUGUCCCUCAGAGCUGAAGUGGUAUUCGUGUUUUGCGUAGUUUUCUAGUUUCAGGCAUAGUUGUCGUGCGUGGACGUUAACUCGUGGUAACUCGAUCGGCUGCGACGGAUGCAGAUGGCACGGCGCUGGCAGCGGUGUUCGUCCUCUCCGCGGCGCGCUGAACAGAUGGCCGGCCCGUUUGAGCUUGGCGGUGCCGCUCCAUAUUCUCGUCUCGCCGCCUCGCCGUGUAGUGCGUGCGGGGACGUUUUUUUUUUGUUUCAGCGGGACAGCUCCCACUCCUGUCAUCCCACCAAGUGACUCGUUUGGCCCUAUUGGAUAAUUGCCGCGCCGGAACCGUUGAUUCAAUAGAGCGCUGCCAACUAGA